AUGAAAUUAAUCACUCAUAACAUGCUUACCUCAAAAUGCCUUAAAGGCGUAGUUACAGGUUAUCCUUUAUCAAUCAAUGCUACAAACAUUAAUAUAACAGAAGUUGAUUACAAUCCUGAAUUUAUUACUCGAAUAAUACCAAAACUGGACUGGGAAGUGUUGUGGAGGGCUGCUGAUAGUAUUGGUCACAGUGAUGGACUUCCACAGACAAUUGAACCAAAGUUUGAAGAAAACAAUGAGUUUUUAAAGAAAGCACAUAGAGUGCUACUAGAAGUAGACAUUGAAGAGGGCAAUUUAGUUUGUCCAGAAUCGGGUAGGCGCUUUCCCAUAUCUAAAGGCAUACCAAAUAUGUUAUUAACAGAAGCAGAAGUUCAAUAA